ACAUUAAAUAAAAUUUUAGUAUUAUUUUUGUUUCCUAACUUCACAAUUGCAUCCCUUUCCUUAAACUUUGCAUUAUUGAGCCCAUUGAUGAUUUGUGUGCUGAUUUUUCAAGACCACUUUGGGAGGCUGCUGCUUUAGUCAAGAUUUAUCAACUACUCAAUGCUCCUAAUUAUCGGAGAAAUUUUUGGUUAGAAUUUUCCAGUAAAAAUAACUGGGGUUAGAUUAUAGAUCGGCUUCCCACCCUAGCAAGUCAUUGGUUCUUUUCCCCAGCGCAUUAACCCCAAUUUUGUUCUAGAUCCAUGUGAGAACAUGACAAAGCGUAGAAAGCAAAGAAGGUGGUUUCUUGUUGAGCAAACACUUACCAGUGACAGAACGUUGAUUACGAGGCAAAAUUCCAGACCUGGAAACAUUAAAACCCUUCAAUUCACGAUCACAAGUUAUGUCAAAACAUGGGGGAAGCUUCUAAGGAGAGACUCAGAGAACUGACUUAUUCCGGUGAAUCUCAGAUGAAGAAAGGGCCACCAAUGGCCUCUCGACCAUCUGCUGAUUUCCAGCCCUUGAACCUUUUCUUGAAGAUGAGCCCGCGGCACAACGGCAGCACCCUCUAUGACUCAUUUGAACUCCAGGCUGUGACUUGCCAGCUCAACAAGGCGAUGCAGAUGUCCCUUGCCUCCUCACCUACUUACAUCCGGUACCUACAAUCUCCUUUGUAUUCUCAACGUUUAGAUCACAUCAGAAAGGAAAAUGCAAAUGCAACAAAGAAAGUUUCAUAUCCUCAGGUGACCAGCACAACUGGAAACAGAAAGGCAAGAACAAAGGAAACAGAGAUAGUUACUGGAGGAAUUGUAGCCAGACUUUGGAAGAAGGUCAAACAUGGGGUUCUUAAGAAUAAGAAGAAAGUUAGAGCUGAAAGCUCACAACAUGGUUGAGCAGCGUACAGAAAUAUUAGGUUCAACCUCAUCUCAUGCAAUUUGGUGACAAGCACCUUACCUGAUCAUACGCAUCAUCAAGUAGAAAAAAAUUACAGAGAAUUCU